AUGGCCGGCCCAACCACCCGUCUCACUACUGCCCUCCCGCUCAUCCUCGCGCUGCUCGCCGCCGCCGGCCACCCCGUCGCCGCCCGCACCGACUACGCCGGCUGCGUCUCCACCGAGCUGCCCGCCGCCCACACCACCAUCUGGUACGUGCCCGGCACCGGCGAGCUGUGUGAGCCCGUCGACUGUGGCGGCGGCCGCGCACCGCCCAAGACCGUCCCGGGCUGCCCGGCGUACAAGGGCACGGAGACGGUCACGCCCAAGUUUUGGGAUGGGUUUGAGGGGGCCGCGAAGGCUACGCCGACGGCGGGGCCUGGGGCGGGAGGUGAUGGGGAUGGGGAGGAUAGUGCGGAUGAGGGGGAGGAUGGUGAUGGGGAGGGUGAGGAUGGUGGGAAUGGGGUUGGUGUCGGUGUGGGUGUGACGGGCGGGGCGAAGGGUACGGUCACGGUCACGCUGGGUGGCGGCACGGCGGCGGUAUCGAGGACGGCGAGCAGGACGAAGGAUGUCGAGGAGACGGGUGCGGCGGGGGCUGGGGGUGAUAGUGAUGAUGAGGAUGAGGAUGGGGAGGGCGGCAAGUCGUCGGCUGCGACGGCGACGGGUGGAGGUCGCAAGCCCAUGGCUACGUUGACUCAGGUCAUGACGGCGGUGGAGACGGUUGAUGGUGUCGCUAGACCUGCGCCGACGAGUGAGGGUGAUGGUGAGGGCGUGGCUGCGCAGAGCACCGUGUCGCUUGCGGCUGCGAUGCCGACGGCGGCGGUUGUUGGGAAGACGGUGUUUGGGGUUGUGGCGGCGGGUGUUGCGGCGGCUGGGUUGGUGCUUGCUUAA